CUCCAGUCAAGAGUGUUGACCAACACGAGCACUGUCACCUUCACAUUCAGAAACCACACCGAUUCGAAGCUUUAAUCUUAAUCGUUUAGCUUGUAUUUGAGUUUUAACUUUAUUUUUCGUGCCCUUGCUGUUUGCGAGCGUAAAUAUGAGUCUGAGUGUUGGAUUUAGACGAACGGCCGCGAUGAGUCUAUUCGCACAGGGCGCGCACACAGCGCUCGUGCCUGAGCCAGCGCUGAAGACCCGAGCCGAGGACGAGCUGGACGGGUACGCGGACGAGAUGGAUACCGGAUUAAAACCGCUGAGGUCCGGGAAGAACAUCCUGAAAGCAUUGCAACUGGACGGGCGAUUCGUGUGUGCGACGGAUGGGUCUCACCCAGCCACACCGGACCCGCAGGAGUUCGGUUUUGCUGAACUGGACCGGGAUACUCGGCAGAUUUUGUUUGAUUUCUAUCGCACACACACUGGAAUGUGUCCACCGGGCCAGAAUACUCACUCCGCACUACCGACGCUCAGGCGGGUCGUUGAUGACAUUCUCACAAAGCACCAGAUCACUUACAAAGGAAUGAUGCAGAAACUGCAGGUGGACUCUCAGACGGAUGACAUGGACUUCCUCUCCUCUAUAGCUCAGAAGAUGUUCAAUGACGGCAGCACAAACUGGGGUCGCAUCAGCAGUCUGGUGGCGUUUGGCGCCGUGUUGUGCGUGCGGCUGAAGGAGGCGCAGAGGGAGCACUGCAUAGACAGAGUGGCAGAACAGAUCUCCUCCUAUCUGAUAUCAGAACAGCACGACUGGCUCCUCAAGAACAAAGGCUGGCAUGGAUUUGUGGAGUUUUUCCGCGUGGAGGACGUGGAGUCUGUCGUUCGGAACGCUUUGAUGGCAAUUGCUGGAUUUGCCGGGAUCAGUGCCGGUCUUGCUUUCCUGAUUCGGUGAAACCAAAUGGACUGUCAGUUGGACUGGAUGAUUCCUUUACACUCUCCAGAAGACCGGGGCGUGCACUGAAGCAUGUUGGUCGUUGGACGUAAAUUCGGGCGCUUUGAGCCCAACAUCUCACAAACAGGCCCGCCGAUGAUCAGAUCACGGCACAACAGAUUGGGCUCUCCAUGAGCCUGGAAUGUUUAUUUUUUAACUAUUUUUCUAAUAAAAUAAAUUCUAAAGA